AUGGCUUUAUGGAAAACUUCCUUCUCAGAUGAGAAGGAAGCAGAGAGACCCAAGUUUGUUGAGUUGAGGUCGUCAAAAUGGUUUAUCAUGUUCGUUGUCGCCUUUGCUACUGGAACGGACAUAUUCAUGUACGGUCUUAUCGUACCGGUCACGCCAACCGCAUUGAAAGACAGAGUGGGCAUCUCAGAGGGAAACAUUCAGAGCUGGACAUCGAUCCUUCUCGCCCUGUAUUCGGCUGCUUUGUUGGCCUUUGCGCCUGUUGUCGGGUACAUCGCUGAUCGAUUCGAGUCCCGCCGGUGGCCUUUGCUAGUUGGCCUCAUUGCGCUAGCCGCUGCAACAGCCUUGCUAUGUGUCGGCACUAAUAUCGCGCUGUGGAUUGUCGGUCGCUUGUUUCAAGGCGCUGCCGCUGCGGUGGUAUGGACGGCCGGCUUGGCACUGAUGGUAGACACUGUCGGAAAAGACGACCUCGGCCAAGCUAUUGGCUAUGUCUCCAUGGCUAUUAGUGUUGGCACACUAGCGGGACCUCUUCUUGGUGGAGUUGUCUAUGAGAAUGGUGGAUAUUACGCUGUUUUCGGCCUUGCAUUCGCUUUCAUCGUCCUAGAUAUCAUCUUGCGAUUGCUGUUGAUUGAGAGAAGGCAUGCUAUCAAAUGGCUUGCGCCAGAGAUGACACCUCUCUCUGUGAAUGGAGAUCAAUCCACGGAAAAGAAGUCAGCUCAAACCUCAGAGCCUCCCACCCCGCUCACAAAUGGCUCUGAACCCUCUGAGCCCUCUGAGAACCGUGAAUCCCAACCGCCUUCUCCUCCCUCGCGGAGUGCGUUCGGACGUAUCGUCAUUUUGUUGAGCUCGCCGCGUCUCGUUGUUUCUGUUUGGGGGUACUUCAUCCUAUCAAUCGUCCUGACCUCAUUUGACAGUGUCCUUCCACUCUUCGUGCAAGAGACAUUCGGGUGGCAGCAGAGUGGCCAGGGACUAAUCUUUAUCUCUCUCAUGGUCCCACACGUAGUUGACCCACUGACAGGGUACAUUAUUGACAAGUACCCCAAAUCCUGUCGUUACCUCGCAGCAGGGGCAUUUCUCGCUGCCGUUCCUGUGAUGGUGCUCCUGCGUUUUGUUACGGAUAACUCGAUGCAACACAAGAUUCUGCUAUGUGCUCUUCUCGCUUGCGUUGGGCUGUGCUUUGCGGUGGCUAUGCCACCUCUCAUUGCCGAGGUCUUCUUCGCUGUGAAGGAGAAGGAAGAUAAAACUCCUGAUAUCUUCGGUCGCGGUGGUGCUAUGGCUCUAGCCUUUGGGCUGUCGAAUAUGGGGUUCGCGUCCGGGAGUCUGAUUGGGCCAUUUUUUGCAGGCUUCAUUCGUCAGGAGGCUGGCUGGGGGGCGAUGGGAUGGGCGUUAGGGUUAAUAGCUGGCAUAUCGUCUGUCCCAAUCCUGUUGUUCGUGGGUGGCUGGAUCUCGAGGAAGCCGGUCGAGUCAGAGAAUGAAGUCCAAUUGACCGGCAGCGCUCCUGGUCCAUGA